UAUAUGGCUAAAUAUGCACUUAUUGCUGAAGCUGAAGAAUACCUUAUUGUAAAUCCGAUUGUCAAUAAUUCUACUCAGAUUUACACUAGUUCACAACAUCGUAAUCCUAUUUCAAUCAAUCUCAAU